AUGGUGGUGGUGACAUUCCUGGUGGCUGUGCCUCCACCAGAGAAGGUUGCAGUAACAUCUGAAAAUUUCAAAACUGUCUUGCAUUGGCAGUACCCACCUAUGUCUGAAACCCCUCGUUUUACUGUGGAAAUCAAACCCUACAUUGCAGGUACCUAUAAGAUCGUCUCGACUUGUGUGAACAUUACAUAUAGAUUUUGUGAUCUCUCAGGGGAAAUACAAGAUCCUUUUGACUCUCACUGGCUGCAUGUUAAAGCUGUCAUUGGGUCACAACAGUCUGAGUAUGUUGAGUCAAAUGAGUUUAUUUUGCAAAGGCAUGGAAAAAUAGGACCGCCAAAACUGAAUCUCUCGAGGCAUGGUGAUAAAAUCAUGGUUGAUAUUUACCAUCCUCCAUUUCCAUCUGUGGAUCUUCUUCCUUGGCUCAAAAACAUUUAUUCAGAUCACAUGUACUCAGUCACUUUUUGGGAUGGUAAAAAUGAGAGUAAAGAGUGGGGCCCUGAAGAUGACUGUACAAUGGAUAAAUGUAGCCUCAUCAUCCCAAUUGUUGAUGAAGGUUCCACGUACUGUGUUUCAGCAAAGGGAAAUUUCUAUGAUGAUCUGAUUGUUGGAACCCCAUCAGAAAAAAGCUGCAUUUAUGUUCCUCUCGAGCAGAAAAUCAACACACAAAACAUCAUCUUUCUGUGUAUUGGUAUUUUGAGUCUGUGUCUAAUUGUGGCAGCAUUUUGUGGCUACAGGAAGCUAAGGAGGAAGAACAUAAUGUUGCCUAAGUCUUUGGCCAGUGUGAUAAGAAGCCUGAACACAGAUGGCAUUCUAGAAGCAAAGUCAGAGGCCAAGUAUGUAUGUGUAAUAGACGUCAUGCCAGGCCAGCCAGCCUGGCCAGUGGUUGAUGAAGUAACCUCACUGGAGGGAGAGCCAAAAGAAGAAACUCUUAAUCCUGAGAGUUCCAGUGAAGAAGCAUCUUCAUGUGCUCCUGCAGAGGCACCAGCCAAAGCAGAAGAGGUGUCUGUGCAGGAAAGCACGGAGGAGGUACCUUCUGAUAAUGAACACUGUCACAAAGUAAAAGAGAGUUACUUCAUUUCUGACAGUAGCCAAAUGGAUACGUGCAGAAACUCUUCAGAUCCAGAGGUUUCUGCUGUGGAAAUACAACAGUCCGUCGUUCCAAGAAGCCAGUUUUCAGGCUAUGACAAGCCUCAUGUUCCAUUAGAUAUGUUGAUUGAUGUUGGUGAAGAACAGCCUGUGAUUGCUUACAGGCCAACAGAUUAA